UAACGCCGCCCCCCCUAAAAACACUUCACACAGAGCUCCCUCAAAAGCGCUCAGGAGAUCGAGCUACUCCCCUGCGAUCUCCGGGAGCCCAACUUUUGAUGUCGCCAAUUGUUUCCUCUCAAAUCUUUUCCCGAAACCCCCAAAUUCAAUUUUGAUCGCAAUUUCCAGUAGAAAACGACGAGUUCUUCCUUUUUUCGGGGCGUAAUUUGAAUGUGAUCGUGGUUUGAGUUGCUAGUUUUUGGUGAUUUUGAAGUGUUUGUUUUGUAUAUUAACGGAGAUUUUUGCUAUUUUAGUUCUUCGGAGGGGAAACAAAGAGAGAGUAGUAGUUUUGGGGGGGAGUUGGUUUGUUCAAUGGUGCUACAUUUGAGUGAACUCUGAAGAGAUUCUUUGUUUGUUAGUACAAUUUUGUGAAAUUUGAAGCAAUUCUGGUUUGGAUGGUGGGGAUUGGUUAGGUAAAUCGGUGCCGGGGAUUUUAGGAGAAUGUGUCGAGUUGAGAAGGGGAUUGGAUCCGAGUGCGGGGAGAGGGAGAUGCGUGUGAAGGCCGAGAAGCUCAAGGUUUCUGCUGCCGCAGCGGCAGCAGCAGCCGCAGUCCUGUCGAGAUCGCGGAUGAAGAUGUGGAUGGCGCGCGCCGCCGUCGCCGCUCUUCUGUGGACAUGCGUCGUCCAGCUAACGGCGGUCGGGGGGAUUUGGGGGCCGGCAGUCCUCAAAGGAUGGCCCUCUUGCUCUGCACCCUCCCAGUCUUCGGUGGCCGACAAGCUCGUCGUCCUUCCCCCCAAAAGGAUCUACAAGAAUAAUGGUUAUCUAAUGGUCUCAUGCAACGGGGGGCUUAAUCAGAUGCGAGCAGCUAUAUGUGAUAUGGUUACUAUUGCAAGAUACUUGAAUGUGACUCUAAUAGUACCAGAACUCGAUAAGACCUCGUUUUGGGCUGAUACCAGUGAUUUUCAAGACAUAUUUGAUGUGGAUCAUUUUAUAAAUUCAUUAAGAGAUGAGGUCCGAAUAUUAAAGCACCUUCCGCGAAGGCUAAAAAGAAGGGUGGAACUAGGGAUGGUUUAUUCCAUGCCACCUGUUAGCUGGUCUGAUAUUUCCUAUUACCACAAUCAGAUUCUUCCCUUGAUUCGGAAGUAUAAGGUUGUGCAUUUGAAUAGAACCGACGCCCGGCUUGCUAAUAAUGGCCUUCCUAUAGAGAUUCAGAAGAUGCGAUGUCGAGUGAAUUACGCUGCCCUGAAAUUUACCUCUCAAAUCAAAGAAUUGGGCAAACGGGUGAUCAAAAUUCUCCGUCAAAAUGGCCCUUUUUUGGUUCUCCACUUACGCUAUGAAAUGGACAUGUUGGCUUUUUCCGGCUGUACCCAAGGUUGCACGGACGAAGAAGCAGAAGAGCUUACGAGAAUGAGAUAUGCUUAUCCAUGGUGGAAAGAGAAAGUUAUCAACUCCGAUUUGAAGAGGAAAGAAGGUCUCUGUCCUUUGACACCAGAGGAGACUGCUCUUGUUCUGAGGGCACUCGAUAUUGAUCGCAGCGUCCAAAUAUACAUCGCAGCGGGAGAAAUAUACAGCGGGCAGAAGAGAAUGGCUGCACUUACUGCAGCUUAUCCUAAUGUGGUCAGGAAGGAAACAAUCCUGGAGCCUUCAGAUCUUAGAUUAUUCCAGAACCAUUCAUCUCAAAUGGCGGCUUUGGAUUAUUUAGUAUCUCUAGAAAGCGAUGUAUUUGUUCCAACGUACGACGGGAACAUGGCAAAAGUUGUCGAAGGCCAUCGCAGAUGCUUAGGCUUCAGGAAGACAAUCCUAUUGAAUCGAAAACUUAUUGUUGAGCUCGUCGACCGCUACAACAGUGGCACCUUGGGGUGGGGUGAAUUCUCCUCUUCGAUAAAGGCGGCCCAUUCGGAUCGCAUGGGAAUGGCUUCGAGGCGAGUGGUGAUUCCUGAUCGACCCAAGGAAGAAGACUAUUUCUAUGCCAAUCCCAAGGAGUGCUUGCAACGGCCCGAAGAUUUUCAGAGUUCGUGAAAAUUCUUCUUGCUUAGAUUUUAUUCAUUUGCAAAUACAGUUUGGAGUUCAGAGUUCGGAGUUCUUCUCAUGCAGCUGCUGAACAUACACACAUGUUUAUAGUACAAAAUAACUUUGCUCAUUUUCUUCAAAAUAAAAGUUGGUAUCUCGUAUAGAUAAUACGAUAGAGGGGAAAUUGUCUUGUAUACAUUGUUAAUAUAUAUCAUCAUAUCCUUUUUUAAAGUUAUUCAACCGUAUACUGUAUUUGCAGUUUUGUUA